AUUUUGAAGGCUACCACCGGAAGUUGUACAGUAACCGUCACUUGACGCUUCGAGAUUUAAAAACAUUAGCUACAGAAACGGAUCUGAAGCACAAAAAUUACAGUUCUCUUUGAAAAGUCGACAGCCACCGAGGAGAAGGAGGUGCCAUGUUUUCCGGCAGGUGGAGGUUUGGUUCGGACAGGUCCAGUGAGGUGGACCUCUUCACAGACCCCCAUGAAAACACUACGGAGACUCUCUUACAGCUCCUCAGAGCUGCAGUAUCUCCGGAGCCAGAAGCCGAUGGCAGCGUGCUCUUUGGCCACUUAAGAGGCACUGUGGUCGGCCUUAGAUAUUACACAGGGGUGGUAAAUCGAGGGGAAAUGGUCGGUUUAGUGCGACAGCCCCAGAAUCAGUAUGACAGGAAUGCAGUGAUGGUCGCCAACAUUUAUGGCAACCAAGUAGGUCACAUCAAGCGGGAGCUGGCAGCAGCUAUGGCCUACGUCAUGGACAACAAUUUGGCUAAAGUAGAGGGGGUGGUGCCCUCUGGGACGAACAACUCGUUCACCAUGCCAGUGAUGUUGUCAUUCUGGGGCAAAGAAGAGCACAAAGCGACUGUGAAUGAAUUCAUGGCACGUCGAGGAUUUAAACUGAACACAGGUGGAAGCGGAGGAGCAACAGGUGCAAAUCAGAAACCCUAUAGUAGUAUGAAUCAAGGAGCCCUUGCAUUGCUAUCGAAAAAAGGUCUGACAAUCCCACUGACUGCACAGGAGCUGAGAAAUUCAUUUGACAACCUUUUCGAAGGCUUAAUGGAGAGUAAAGAUGGAGAAAAAGAAGCAGCCAAGGCCGUUGGUACUCCUCUCCUGCCUCACCAGAAGCAGGCGCUAUCCUGGAUGUGUGCUCGAGAAAACAAAUCUGGGCUGCCACCCUUCUGGGAGAAGAGAGGCGAGCUGUACUAUAACAGCCUCACAUGUUUCUCUGCCAAAGAAAUACCGGAGAGAGUUCGUGGGGGGAUCCUGGCAGAUGACAUGGGACUGGGAAAAACAUUAACGACCAUUUCUCUGAUCCUCACCAACUUUCACCAAGGAAAACCUCUUCCUGUCCAGAAAUGUGAGCAGUCCUCGCCCAUGAAGACCAAAACAAAACCACACAUGGCCUCCAAAGUUGAAGGAAGCACCAGUGCAGGAGCAGGAGCGAGUGAUAUAGCAGCAUCUGGUUCUCUGCACUCAGACAUUCCACAGGUGGAGAUGAUUUCUGGUGAUUCCUCAGAAUUAGUGGAGAUUGUGGACAAGCCAGAUAAAAGUACAAGCAAAGGAAAAAUGAAAGCCACCAAGCGAAAGCCCAGUAAAGAGGCCUCAGUAUUUCUGGAGGAUCUGGACUUUGCUGCAGCGUUGGGUGGCUCUGCGACAGAUACAGGCGCAAAGAAGAAGAAAACUACCAAGAAGGCCACUCCCACAAUCAGUGCGGAAUCCUCUAUCAUUGAAAGUGCAGAGGACUUAUCAGCAAGAACGACUCUCAUCAUCGCCCCACUGUCUGUGCUCAGCAACUGGCUGGACCAGUUUGAGCAGCAUGUGCGCCCUGACGUGAAGCUAAAUGUGUAUCUGUAUUACGGCUCGGCUCGCAACAGGAGCAAGAAGUUUCUGUCCUCUCAGGAUGUCGUGAUUACCACCUACAAUGUUCUCAGUGCAGACUUCAGCUGCAAGAGUAAGAGUCCGCUCCAUGGGAUUGAUUGGCUGAGAAUUGUACUGGAUGAAGGACACAUUAUAAGAAAUCCCAAUGCACAGACAAGUAAAGCUGUGCUCGACUUAAAAGCUCAGCGCCGCUGGAUUUUGUCAGGUACGCCAAUCCAGAACAGUGUGAAGGACCUGUGGAUGCUGCUGGCCUUCCUGCGUCUGAAGCCCUUCGAUGUGAGAGAGUGGUGGAACAGAGUGAUCCAGAGACCUGUUACUCAGGGCGACAGGGCCGGCGUGCAGAACCUUCAGACCCUGGUGAAGUGCAUCACCCUGCGGCGGACCAAGACUAGCGAGGUGAAUGGGCGCCCCCUGGUGUUGCUUCCUGAGAAGACAGUCUGUGUGGAGCAGGUCGAGCUGAGCCGGACAGAAAGAGAAGAGUACGAGCUGGCACGCAAUGAGGGAAGAAACACCAUCCGCAGAUACGUAGCUGAAGGGACAGUCUUGAGGAAUUAUGCUGAUGUGUUGGCCAUCCUGAUGAGGCUUCGACAGCACUGCUGCCACCCAGACCUGCUGGCAAAAACACUCUCAGAUCUGGGUGCUGGAGCGACGCCUGCAGAACUGCGGGAGCGUCUGAUUGAGAAGCUGCGGUUGGUGUUGGCCAGCGGCUCUGAUGAGGAGUGCUCUGUGUGUCUGGACUCAGUACAGCUGCCCGUCAUCACACACUGCGCCCAUGUUUACUGCCGGCCCUGCAUUGCCCAGGUUAUCAGCACCGAGCAGGACACAGCACGCUGUCCUCUCUGUCGAAGUGAGAUCAAGACCAGUGAGCUGGUGGAGUUUCCACAGGAGGAAGUGGAGGAAGAAAACACUCCAAACUCUGAGAAGUGGAGGACAAGCUCAAAGGUGCAGGCGCUGCUGGGAAACCUGCUCAGGCUGCGAUGUAAAGAUAGCAGCAUCAAAUGUUUGGUAGUCUCUCAGUUUACACGCUUCCUCACCAUUCUGGAAACUCCACUGAGAGAGCAUGGUUUCACAUUCGUGCGUUUGGAUGGCACCAUGAGCCAAAAGAAGAGGACUCAGGUCAUCCAGGAGUUUCAGAGCACUGCAGCGGACAGUCCUGCCAUCAUGCUUCUGUCACUCAAAGCAGGAGGGGUGGGGCUUAACUUGACGGCCGCGUCACAUGUUUUCCUCAUGGACCCUGCAUGGAAUCCUGCUACUGAGGAGCAGUGUAUUGACCGCUGCCACCGUUUGGGACAGAAGAGAAAAGUCGUUGUGACCAAGUUCAUUGUAAAAGACUCGGUAGAGGAGAAGAUGGUGGAGAUCCAGAGGGGGAAGCAGGACCUGGUGGAGAAGGCUUUUGGCUCCACAAACUCUGACAGAAAAACAUCUCGUAUCGAUGACAUCAAGGCUCUUAUGGAGCUGUAGAUGUCUGACAAUGGGCCUGAGCUGCAACAAGACAAACUUGUCACCUUGAACCAUCACAACAGCUGUCUGUGUUGUCUUUUGUUUUGUCAGUUCAUAUCUGGAGUUUUGGCACACGUUGUUUAUGUUUGGUUCAUAUUUUGAUGUUAUUAUUUUUCUGUCAUAGUUUAUAAUUAUUGUUCUAUUUUAAUUCUACCUGUUUUAUUAACAUUUUGAUAGUAAGUCAUUCACAGGAUGCACCACUAGGCAAUCUUUUUGAUUUUGUUGAGUUGUGACAGGCCUGUUUGUCUCGAUUUACAUUUGUCAAAUUCUGCAUAAAGAUGUCGGAAAACGACAAGACCUUUGUUAUAUACUCUG